AAUUAUGUACAAUGAUGGAUAUAAGGGUUUCAUAAAUCAAACAGAAAAACGAAAAAAAAAACUGAAAGCGGAGAUGAUUACAAGAAAUGUAAAUAGUGAAUGAAAAAAUCCCAAACUAAUGCACUUAGUAGUGAUACUGCCUUUCUCGUAAUUAGCCAAAAGCAAGGCACCAAAUUUUGCUGUUCGACAAAUCAUUUUCUUUAUAACUUUUGAACGCAUGGAUCAACGGAUACAAAUAGUCACGAAAGAAUCGAUUUAAGAAAUACAUAAAUUUUAGAAAAUGAGUUUCAAUCUGUUGCACAAACGCACACGCACAAACACAGGGAAAUAAUGAGACAAUAUUAUCAGGGGAAUGACGGCUUUGGCAGGAUUUGUUCUAUUAUUGUCAGGGGGGUUUUCUAUAACUAAUUAUGCUCAAAUUUGGCCUAAACAUUCUUUGCAAAUCAGAGAAUAUUGUGGCCAAAUUUCAUGGCGGAGGAUACCCGCCUGCACCCCAGAAUCAAACUUUAUCGACACCGCUUGUGAGUGCACAAAUGCCGAGUUUUGGUUGUCAAACAACGUGGGUGAAUAAUAGCUUUCUUAGUACAACUAUAGUACCAUAGUACCAUAUGCUUCAGUACCAUAUGUUCCGGCAGCAUCUAUCCAUCCAAGUGUUCCUCCGAUCGGAAUGCAGCAACAACAACACUCAGCUGCGCCAGCUCGAAGUGGUCCAUCCGGUGAACAAUUAGCUGCCAGACAAGUAAUACCAAAGAAGUUGCCAAUCUUUUCUGGGGGUCAUCAGGACUGGCCGUUAUUCUACAGUUCGUUCCUUAACUCGACCGAAGCUUGCGGUAACAGCGACGCAGAGAGCUUGGCAAGACUACAGCGUUGUUUGAAGGAGAAUGCGUUGGAAACAGUUAAGAGCAGAUUGCUGAUGCCCCAGUCGGUGCCCUUCGUGAUCCAGACUCUACAGAGACUCUAUGGUCGACAGAAAUCCUAAUGCAUUCACUCUUUCAAAAGUUGCGUGCAGUUCCCUCCCCGAAAACGGACAAUCUUCAACCGCAGAUCACUUUCGGUCUAGCGGUACAAAAUGUUGUGGACCAUAUGUCUACAAGAGCAGGGGCCCAUAUACUAAUUUGACCACCUUCAGUCGGAGCUAGUUAUAAUGGCCUCUGAUGUAACGCUUCCCCUGGAUACACUUAGUGUGAAUUCGAAAACCCAGAAAGGGGGAAAAGGUAAGCCGAAACUGUUUAUUCACACAGAGGACCUACCGGAGUGUAAACCACAAUUCGUCGAAAGGAAUUUAACUUCAGACGAGCCGGUACUGAAAAUAUGUGUGUAUUGUGCCAAGGCAAACCAUGAAAUCGCUCAUUGCAAGUAAUUCAAGUCGCUUGAUGUCGACGAUAGAUGGAAAGCAGUGAAGCAGAAGAAUCUGUGUAGGAGUUGUCUGGUUCCCCAUCGAGAAUGGCCAUGCCGCACAAAGAAAGAGUGCGGGAUAAACGGGUGCAGAAUACAUCAUCACAGUCUACUACAUUCAUCAUGGGUAUCAUGGGACAAACUGACAGAAAACUUCGCAACGAAUCAGCCUUGUGAUCGAAGGAGCGGAGAAGAAGUUCAAGCUAAACAACGUUAGGACAGUGCAACAGUUGUGUUUACCCACUCAGACGAUGGACUACGAAGAUCUAAGACGCGUAUACCAUCACUUGAAAGGUCUACCGAUACGCAGCUAUACCGAUGCAUCUCCAGGGAUCAUCAUCGGUAUAGAACACGUCCAGCUCCUUACUGGUCAACAAGUACGUGAAGGAGGAGAUAAUGAACCAGUUGCGAUGAAAGCACGCCUCGGUUGGUGCAUCUUCGGGAAGAACUCCGAUAACGGUGCCACAGUAAAACAAUUGAACCUACAGGUGGCCGCGCAGACAAGGGAUCGUGAACUGCAUCAGUGGAUGUAACAAUUCUUCACAGUUGAAGAAUCAAGCGUAACCGUGGUACCAGAAGCAGCGGAAGACAAACGUGCACGGCAAUGAAAAGUACAACACGGCGCGUAGAGGGCGACUUUGAAACGGAACUACGGGAAGUACGACCACUUUUGCUUCCCUGACAGUUACCCAAUGGCACUACGAAGGCUAAAAGCGUUGGAGAAACGACUGAUUAAGGAGCCGGUUCUCGAAGCUAAAGUGAAGGAUCAGGUUGCAGAGUAUGAGAGGAAGGGAUAUGCUCAUCGUAUUACGCCAGAGGAGCUACAAGUCACAGAUUCAAGCAAGGUAUGGUACCUACCCCUAGGCGUGGUGCAGAAUCCUAAGAAGCCGGACAAACUGUGACUCAUAUGGGAUGCUAGAUCACAGGUUGGAGAGAUAUCGUUCAAUGAUAUGCUGCUAAAAGGCCCGGAUCUUCUGGUGGCUCUGAUGUCCGUGCUACUACGUUUUCGACAGAAGAACAUCGCCAUUGUAGGGGAUAUUAAGGAGAUGUUUCACCAGAUCCGCAUACGGGAAGAAGAUAAGCAAUCUCAACAAUUCAUAUUUCGACAGCAUCCAGAAUCGGCACCACAGAUCUUCGUAAUGGAUGUUGCAACCUUCGGUGCAAUUUGCUCACCAAGUUUAGCGCAGUUUGUUACGAGUAAAAAUGCCCAAGAGUUCGCUGACACCUUCCCCCGGGCAGCGAAGGCCAUCACGGACAACCAUUACGUGGACGAUAUCCUGGACAGCGUAGACACAGAAGCGGAAGCCAUCGCGUUGAUCAACGAGGUGAAACAUAUGCAUUCCCAAGCUGGCUUCGAAAUUCGUAGUUUCUGCUCCAACUCAGCAGAAGUUGUGAUCAAUACCGGCGGGUCGGAAGCAUCAUGUACAUGAAUCUGGAGAAAUCGCUGGGAUCAGAGCGCGUGCUUGGUUUGAUUUGGAGACCUACUGAGGACGUCUUUACCUUCGAUCUGAGCAAUUUGAAGGAUGAAAUAAAGGAAUUGAUUGAAAGCACAAAAACACCUACUAAACGACAAGUCCUACGCACUGUAAUGUCUGUUCGAUCCACUGGGACUGAUUGCCCACUUCGUAGUACACGGCAAAAUUCUCAUGCAGCAGAUCUGGAGAAGCGGAACGGAUUGGGAUGAGCCCAUCUCGGAAGAACUGCUGGAGAAAUGGUUAUCUUGGUGUGAAUACAUGCAGCGGCUAGACCCGGCCCCGCUGUUUCUUCAAAGGGGUGAACAGCUCCGAUUUGAAAGAUGUCGAGGCCCAUUUAUUCGUGGCUUGUAGCCUUCGGUACGGGAAUAACGGUAACCCCAAGUGUGCCCUGGUAGCCGCAAACACGAAAGUUGCUCCACUGAAACCACUUUCCGUACCUCGCCUGGAGCUUCAAGCAGCGAUGCUCGGAAAAAGAUUGAAGGACUCUGUGUUGCGAUCCCUGGAUAUCCGAGUAACCGAGCGCUUUAUUGGACAGACUCGUCUACUGUGCUCAGCUGGUUACCGUCUGAUAGUCGACGCUACCAUCAAUUUGUGGCGUGUGGGGGAGAUCCUCACUUCAACUAGUUUGGAUGAAUGGCACUACGUGCCAUCUAAAUUAAACAAUGCCGACACUGCCACGAAAUGGAAAGACGGACCUAGCUUCGAUCCGACGAACACUUGGUUCACCGCACCGGAAUUCCUACGUGAGGCGCGAGAUCAGUGGCCGUUACAACCUGCGCUGAAUAGAACAGAAGCUUAACUACGAUUCGUAUUUCUGUUUCAUGGUACCGUAUCUGAACCACUGAUGGACGUUUCCAGAUUCUCCAACUGGCAUCGCUUACUUAGGGCAGCGGCAUAUAUACUUCGGGCAGUGCAAAGAUUCAAGGGUAAAAAGGCCUUACAAACGACCUUCCUAGUGAAAAAAGAGCUUGUGGAAGCAGAAAUGUUGAUAUGGCGACAGGUACAAGCUGAAUCAUAUCCAGACGAGUGCACAAUUCUAUGGCGUAACUUAACAGAACCUUCAAAGGCAAUAACGAUCCCUAAGUCCAGUCCUCUAUAUCGGCUAUCAGCCUUCAUAGAUGAGUCCGGCGUUGUCCGGAUGAACAGCAGAAUCGCUGCACAGCCAACUGUGUCCUACAAUACAAAGUAUCCGAUCCUGCUACCCAGAAAGCAUCCUGCUGUUUACCUUCUGACGGAAAGCUAUCAUCGACGAUACCAGCAUGGGAAUGGAGAAUCCGUAUGUAAUAAGAUGCGUCAACGGUUCCAUGUGCCAGGACUACGAGUUCUGAUCCGCCGGGUAUCAAAGCAGUGUUUAACCUGUCGUGUUAAGAAAGGUGUACCUCAUCCUCAUAUGAUGGCUGCUCUACCGGAAACUCGUGUAACAGGAACGAUCAAACCAUUUACACACACUGGGGUUGACUAUUUCGGACCGAUACUGGUUAAACAAGGAAGAUGCUUGGUCAAACGGUGGGUAGCGUUAUUCACAUGCCUCACGGUGCGCGCUGUACACCUGGAGAUAGUUCACAGUCUCUCUACCCAGUCAUGCGUAAUGGCCAUAAGACGGUGUGUGGCUCGUCGUGGCUUUCCGGAAACGUUCUAUAGCGACAACGGAACGAACUUCCUAGGGGCGAGCAAUCUUCUUGCGAAACAGAUCCAGGACACCCAUGAGAACUAUGCGGUAGCAUUCACCAACACCAAUACAAGCUGGAUUUUCAACCCGCCGUUCAACCCGUACCUAUCAAAGUAGCAUAGACAUCAACGCGAGAAAUGACAGGCAACAUGACAUUGAAACUUCAACUGUCAAAUCCGGCAUACCUUCAACGUGGCAAGAAGACACAGUGCAAUUAUUAGUUGGAUCUACCUAGAGAAAAUAGUUUCUAAACCUAAAUUACUAUUAUAAUUAGUUAAAAUUCCUACCUAAAUUAGUUUCUAUCAAUUGAAAUAUUCUAAUGAAAUCAAGUUUAGCCGAUAAUUGGGAAACUAAGGUAAAUGCUCUAGCUUUAACAUGCGAAAAACUAUGUAGAAUCGAUAGUUUACAGAUACUUACGCUAAUAGUACGGGAUUGAAAGGUGUUAAACUACAAUUUGUUAACUAUAUACAACUUAACCUAGGACAUGCAAAGAAAACAAAAACAAAGGAUUAGUUUGGACACAGUCGGAGAAGAAGAAAACGAAAAUCUAAGAAGCUGCUGUUAGCUGCUAUCUAGACGUGUUUCACUCCUUGUCCAAACACCAAAUUGACCUUAUGCCAAAUGGCUCCAGAAUCAUUGA